AUCAUCUACAAAAUCGAGAAGAGCGAACUUCUGCGUAUGUGUCGCAAGAACUGCUUAUUUUAUUAGUUCGCUAGUUCUUGGGCAGACAGGACAAUAAACGAUUCAUCUACAUACCGUUUUGAUAGUGCUAGAUUGUUCGAUUUUAAUAAGGUUUUUUUUCAAUAAAAGAAGUGACGUAAGAAACGGGUUUCAAAUUGCGUAAAGCAGUGAUAUCUCUGAUAGAUUUCGGUAGCUAAUUUUAUUGUAUUCAGCAAUGGGAAGUUUUUUUUCUCAUCCCUCGGGAUCCGAGGUGCUCAAAAAGAACCAAGAAUAUAUUUCGGAAAUGAACAGGAUCAAGAUGGAACGUUGGAUCCAAAUGCACUACCAGAUAAAGGAACGGGAAGCGGCCAUGCAGAUCAGCCGGGCCCGCGAGCUAUUCUACUGGCUAGCUUCGUUUUACUGUGUGUCCACUGUAGGCUUUAUUGGUCGCUUUAACGUGACCCGCCGAUCUGUAACCCUUGCCCCGAUAGUGCCAUUAUCGUUCAUCGUUGCCUAUUAUGCAGAUCUCGCGUACGGAACCAAAAUACAUCGAAUAACAGCCGAAGCCGAAAUGAUUAUGCAGCACGAGCCCGAACUGCUGGAAUGGCCCAGCGGCCUGCCGACAGUAUCGGAAAUCGAUACCGCCCGGCUGGAGAUAGACGAUAAAGUCCGUCUGCAUCCCCAUCAGAUGUAAAGAGUGGUACCAGUAGCAAGUGUAGCAUUAGCACCAGUCACCAAAUCGUGUCCUUGCCGUCGCCACUAUCGGAGUGGCGACCAAGAGGGAGGCUCAAACUGUUAAAGCAAGUUAUGAAGAAAAGUGAAACCCCAAGGUGCCGAUUAAACGACCGAGCAACGAAAAAGGAAACGAGACAAUUAAGGGGAAAAAGGUUUCCUUUAAUGAUGUCGUCAUCGAAUGGAAUUAUUAACGGUCACAAAUUACACGAAAGGUAUAAGUUAUUGGCGUAGAUGUUUGUAACACUGCUGUCCUUUGAAAGGGGUGGAAAAAACCGGCCCCAGGUGCACAAGAACACUAACAGUUAAAUUUCAAAGUGUGGAUUUUAACCUAUUGAAAACGAUUAGGCUUUUUGGAAGUCAUAUCGACUUGAAUAACAACUAAUGUUACAGAUGAUCAAACACAGAUAACAACAGAUACAGAAUAUACGUAGCUUAAAAAAAUCUUCUGAGAAAUCCCUACAAUAAAACUGCAAGAAGUUGCAUAUCAUAAAAUACAUUUUCAAAUUUGCUGGUCGUAAUUAAAGACACGUUAAUUGUCAAUGUUAUAUUCGUAAAGUAACUUGUAAAUUCAUUGCUGUUCUUCGUAAUGCUGUCAUCUUUGUAAAGCCUUGUUCGGCUAAAUCCACAACUUUUUUUAAUUAAGUAUGCGAUUUCUCCUGUAGAGUUUUCCUUUAAUGUGUUAAGUGAAGAAGAAAAUAAGCCUUUGUUGUUUUAAUUUACACCGCUUUACUAAACGACAUUUAAUUCGACACAGGCCUCUGAAUUCUAUUUCUAUGCUUAUUUCUUGAAGCCGUAUUUCAAUAAGUUUUUUUUUUCAUUGAGUCAAAUAUUAUUGAAAAUAUUUACCACAAAUAUUAUUGUUGAUCAAUUCAUAGACCGACAAAAGCAAAUAAAUGAUAUAAAAAUGCAGAAAGAAGAGAGAUUUAUAACAUCAAUACGGUCAUACUAGAAACAGUGCCGUUCCUGUUACACUCCAAAGCCUCAGUAUUAAUAGGAUAAAAACCAUUCGAAUCACAUACGGAUUUUUCUAGGAACUUCUAGUGUUAGUUAUUAAGAUUGAACAAUAAACGUCGUGCAUUAAAGCUAACAAUUCAAAAUUGUUUCCAGCUAUCCCAUCAUAUACGGAACAAUAAUAGCUGUAUCCAAUACUCAAAUCUUUUGCUAUAGUCCUUGCAUGUUACCCAAUUCCCUUUCAUACUCUCGUGUUACAACAAAAUUUUAAUAAAAAUGUUUCAACAGUAUCAACUUUCUCAAACUAUAAACAUUCCCGUACACGACCACGUUAAUAGUAAAAUUCAAUAAAACCAACUGUAUCUGAAUCCAAUAAAAGUAACCC